GCCACGCAGCCGAACGGAAUCAUAACAUUGCACAUGAAGUCUCUUUAUUCACCCCAGUAUCGCUGUUUUUAGCUCUUUAAAUUUGGUUUCACCAUGAAGACAGUUUAUAAAUAUUUCUGACAGGCGGAAGUUACAACUAAAGCCGAAAUAUCCGGCGGUUAUCGCAGUAAAAUCAUGUUUGUUAGCGCUGUGAAGGCUAACUAUCUGCAGAAACUAGCUAACAAAUGGCUGUUCGGCUGUGAUGACGGAUCCUGUGCAAAUCCUACAGGGGUCUGUGUUCGCCUGCUUGUAACUCGGAGGUUUUUGUGCUUGUCAGAUGACACGAAGACGGGCCAAGUAGCUGUCCAGGCGGUUUGCUAACAGCAUGUGACACAUACUGGUCUGUCCCAUCCAAACCGCACUGGUUUCAGAGAUGCCUCGACUGGAAGAGCUGGCCAACGUCGCCCUCAGGGUACCGAGCAUCCUGGUGCUGGACCUGCUGUAUAAAUGUGACAUUGAAGGUUUAACGGAGCACCUUAAGGCCAAAAAUGAAGACAUGCUCUUCAAAUACAAGUAUGUCAUCUGGAACAUGUACUACCUUGGUCAUCUGGUCAAUGUGGUGGUGCUGGUUCUGCCGCUGAGGCACAUUGUGACGCUCUACCUCCAUAUCCUGGCUGCUCUUCUUUUAUACAUGGGGCAUCAGAUUUCCAAGGAUUAUGUUCGUGAGGAGCUGCAGUACGGUUAUGAAGGAGCUGUGUACUUGGACUCUCUGGCCUUCAACAGAUUCGUCUCUGCGCUGACAAGUCAGAUUAUUCUCAGCACCCUGUGUGCCUUCCUGAUGAAGACCAGAAAGGUGUGGUUGUUUUCUUCUCACAUGCUCCCCCUGCUGGCCCGGCUGUGCGCUGCGCCUCACGCCACGCUGCUGACCGUCCACACCGUCUCCAUGGGUCUGACCGCAGUGGGCGUCGCCGUGUUCCUCCUCUCCAAUCUCUUUGUGCCAUAUCGCCUCGCCAGGGCGGCAUAUUCAGAGCUGCUUCUGUUAGAGGUGAUUGAGUUGUACAGACUUCUGGCGGUGGGGGUCUCUCUGUGGAACCAGUUCGCCGUCCCCGUUCUCUUCAGUGUCUUCUGGUUCGUUCUGUUCGUCGUCCAGCUGUGCUCAGACACCAUCGCCGGCAGCGCUUCAGCAGGUCAUCAGGGAAUCUUGUUCUUCCUGCUCACAAGCGUUUCUGAAUGUUGUGCGACGCCGUACUCGCUGCUCGGUCUGACCUUCGUGGUGUCGUAUCUGGCGCUCGGACUCCUCAACCUAUGCAAGUUCUACCUGGGAGGAUACGCCGCCGUGCAGAACGAGAACGUCAUGCACAGGGGCGUGACCGAGGGCGUGACCCUGCUGCUGCUGGCCCUCCAGACGGGUCUGUUGGACAUGCAGGCGCUGCAGCGGACCUUCCUCCUCAGCAUCAUCCUCUUCAUCGUGGUCACAUCCACUCUACAGUCCAUGAUUGAAAUCACAGAUCCGGUUAUUUUAGCCCUGGGAGCGUCACGCAACAGGAGUCUGUGGAAACACUUCCGUGGCCUCAGUAUGUGUCUGCUGCUGCUGGUUUUCCCAGUGUUUAUGGCUUAUAAAAUUUCCCAGUUCUUCCACAUGGACUUCUGGCUCCUUAUCCUGGUUUCCAGCUGCAUGCUCACAUCCCUGCAGGUCACCGGUACCAUGCUGAUCUACUCCCUGUUCAUGGUGGAGCUGUUCCGGAGCGACCCCAUCGAGAGCCUGGACGAGGUCAUCUACUGGGUGAACGCCGUCAGCCGGGUGCUGGAGUUCGUGGUGGCGCUGUGCGUGGUGGCCUACGGGACCUGGGAGUCUCUGUUCGGGGAGUGGAGCUGGAUGGGCGCCUCCGUCAUCAUCAUCCACUCCUACUUCAACGUCUGGCUCAGGGCUCAGUCCGGGUGGAGGAGCUUCCUGCUUCGACAGGAAGCGGCCAAGAAGAUCAACUCGCUGCCCAGAGCCACCACUGAGCAGCUGCAGCAGCACAACGACGUCUGCUCCAUCUGCUUCCAGGAAAUGAGCUCUGCCGUCAUCACAUACUGCGGCCAUUUCUUCCACGGAAACUGCCUCCGUAAGUGGUUGUACGUACAGGAGACGUGUCCCAUGUGUCACCAGACGGUCCGACCCACGCCGGCGCCGGGUCCAGAGGCCCCUGGAGCUCCGUCUCCAGGCCACGAAGGGCCCGAUCCGGCUGGAGGAGGAGGAGGAGGAGCAGGAGGAGGAGGAGACCAGGACCUCCAGAGCGAUCCAGCGAGCAACGUUUCCCCCGAGCAGCAGGAAAACGCAGAUAAAGACCAGGAAAAUCCAUCUCCAGGUCUUCGUUUCAGCUCCAGCGGGGACUUCGUGGGCUUUGCAGGUGGAUCUCCAGACGACCUUCCACCUCCACAUAAGCUUCAGGAUGAAACUUUUCAUCCGAGGUUAAAACAAUUGACUCUAGACGCCGUGAACGGGGACACAGCGGUGAACGCAGAACUCGUGCCACAGAACGACGAGGGCUGUGAUGAUUCUCCCCAAACGCAAAAAUCAUCUCCUCAGACCCUUGAAAACCAAAACUCUGGGGUUAAAAACUCAGAUCCUCAGACUUGUGAAGACCACGGCACAUAUUCAGAUCUUCAGGGGCUCGCAGACGACCAAUCCGGUUUGUCCGAAGCCUCUUCCUCUUGCACAAGCACAGAAAAUGUGGACUGAGCGCCCGGUAUCAUCAGUGCCUUGAAGGGAGUGAAAUGGUGAAUUUGACACAUUUGCCUUUUUUUUGUGUGAACCAACAGAAAACGUUUAAUGAAUGUGCUUCAGUUCUAGAGCUGAAACGAUUAAUCGAAUCAAAGUGAUCCAAAAAAAAAUCAUUCAACCACAAUUCUCCUGAAUCAGAGCUUUGUUUCCUUCAUUUCUCUGCUGUUAAACAUUGGUUCCACGGUUG